AUGCUGCUGAAUACCUUGGUCACCUUCCUUGCCAUCAUUGCCCGGCCUGUGCUUGCGUCCUGGGCUGUAACACAUCAUGUCAUUAUCCGCAACAUCACCACCGGGAUACUCCCUGACUACAUCGUAGAGAGCACCGUCUACCCCACGGCGUCCGUCUUCCCAACCUCCACCUCGAUAGCCGUGUGGACAGAUUACCUCCCCGCAACACAAAACGGACUCGGCCGCGCCGUGAUCAAUGUGACAACCAGUUAUCUCAUCCUCCCCACAAAACCGACGAAUCUUCCCGUCCUGACCGAUCCGCCAACUGCCUCUGCAACCCCCAUUGAGACAAACUAUUACAUCCCCGUGACCGUGUCAAACCCAGAGUCCUGCACCCUAACCGACUUCACCUACACAGACACCAUUGGAAUUCGCGUCCCGACCCCGCUGGCCGCGCGUGCAACAGGGUCCGACCUGGCCCUCCUCGUCACAACCUACGAGUCAACCAUCAGUACCAACUUGGGUGGCCAGCCCGUCACGACCCUUGUCUGCGACGUGUAUCUGAAGUCCGGCGCAGUCCCAGUCGUUGAUGGCGAUCUGGAAGUCUACGGCGCGGGGUUGCUGUCCGAGUGUGUUGACCCGCGAGAACACUUGUGCACCAGUCCCGGCCAGAACUCGGCGGCCACGGGGUCGGGUGGGUGUUUUGGAGCUUACCCUCCGACGGCUGUCGGCAGCAGCAAUCAGGCAUCAACAACCGGGGCGGCUGACUCUGUCGCUGCGCCGACGGAAACAGGUGGGGGCCCAAGAAGCUGGAGCAGCCAGAUGAGCUACUUGAUUGUUUUGGGCAGCCUUGCGGCUGUCUUACUCCUAUGA